AUGGCGUCAAAUUCCAAUUGUGCUGAUCAUUAUGUUCUUUCGAACAAUGACUACAAUCUCAAUCUCGUUUCGCAUCGGUUGAACGAUGCUUCUGGUUUCAAUUCCUGGCGACGAUCGUUGACAAUGGCGCUUGAAGGCAGAAACAAGAUUUGUUUUGUUGAUGGUUCUCUGCCUCGACCUCCUGAUGAUAAUCCUGAUCUCAAGCAUUGGACUCGCAACAAUGCAGUUGUAAGUUCAUGGAUUCUUAAUUCUGUAUCUGAGGAUAUUGCUGAUAGUUUACUACACAUUCAAACUGCUGAGAAGAUGAUUAAGAAUCUGAUUACGCGAUUCCAACAAAAGCAUCAUUCACGUGUUUAUGAUGUUAAGCAGAAAUUGUUUGGUCUCUAUCAAGGAUCCAUGACUGUAUCAGCUUUUUAUACGAAGCUUGUCCCUAUUUGGGAGGAAACCAAAUCUAUUCGUGCAAAUCUGCAGUGUACUUGUGGUAAUUGCUCGUGUGAAACGAACAAGAAAUGGAAUGACCUCUUUGAAGAAGACUUCGUCAUGCAUUUUCUGUUCAGAUUGAAUGAUUCCUAUGAAUCUGUUCGAAGUAAUAUCUUGAUGAUGGAUAUUCUUCCAGACUUAGAGAAGGCAUACCACAUUGUCACACAACAGGAGCACCAAAGAACUCUGUCUACUCAGCAAAUUCCUACUCAUCAGCAUGUUGCUUUGCAAAACUCUGUCACAUCGUCUGUUCCUACAUCUGUUAAUCCCUCGAUUGUAGCUGCUGUUGUUGGUGGAAAUUCAAAGCCACGUCAACGACCUCUUUGUACGCAUUGUGGUCUUUAUGGCCACACUGUUCAGAAAUGCUACAAACUUCAUGGUUACCCGCCAGGAUAUAAGUCAAAUAAUGCUUCGAGACCACCACAAUUUGCUCAACAACCGUACAAGUCACACAGUGCUUCACAAGGAACUGUUGCUGCUAUUACUACUGAGACAGGUAUUGCUCAACCUAUAGCUUUACCUGAUUUCAGUGCUCUGCCUGCAGCAUAA